UCAUGCCCCGCGGGGGAAUCAGAUGAGACACAUCUGGACAGCUGCGCUGGGGAACUGUGCUGCCCCUUCUCGGCGACGUCAGCUGAGCACGUCUCCCACGUUCUCUCCUUGCAGGCACUUAUUAUUAUUCAUUUUCCCAAUGAAGCAACCUGGAAUCCAAGUUUAAAACUUUUCUCCUCUAAUGCGAGAGGGGGCCAGAUCCCAUCCUACUUGUUAAACGUUCUUGGGGCUCUGGGAUCCAAAGGACAGAAACAGCAACAACGAAAGCCCAGCCGCUGUCUGAUUUAAAACUGGCAAAGUGGGAAAAGUAGUAUUGAGUAAGACCGAUUUGGAUAUGCCAUGCCUAGGUUGCCAAAGCAGGGGAAAAACAAGUUAAAGGAGUCACAUAAGCUCUUAACUGACUUAACAUGAAAGUGACAAAUGCCACAAUCUGCUGGACAGAACUAGAAGCAUGGUUCUGAUUAAAAUGGAGAGGAGGCUGGGAAAAGUGCGUGGAAGAGUACACAGUUAUGGGGAAUUUCAAAGGCCAUGCUCUCCCUGGAUCCUUCUUCUUUAUCUUGGGGAUUUGGUGGACUAUAAAGUGCAUUCUGAAAUAUGCCUUCAAAAAGCAGAAACGGACUUCUUACCUUGAUUCCAAAGCAUUAUUCCGUCGAGCUGAAAUGUUGGAAGGAAUCGUAAUAGUUGGAAUGACUUUAACCGGCAUCCUUGGAGAACAGUUUUUUCCUGGAGGACCACACCUGACCUUGUAUGACUACAAAGAGGGUCACUGGGUCCAACUCCUGAGCUGGCAGCAUUUUACCAUGUACUUCUUCUUUGGGCUGCUGGGUGUAACAAACAUCUUAUCUUCUACCGUCAUUUCACUUCCUGCCUCCUUUAGCAAGUUAAUGUUAUCAAAUGCCUUAUUUAUGGAGGCUUUUGUUUUCUACAAUCACAUUCAUGGCCGGGAAAUGUUGGACAUCUUUGUGCACAAGCUUCUGGUCUUGGUCGUAUUUUCGACGGGCCUGAUUGCCUUCAUGGAGCUCUUCGCACAGACCAGUAUAACUGUGGAACUUCUGCGGACAAGCCUUUUCCUGCUUCAGGGAAGCUGGUUCUGGCAGAUUGGGUUUAUCCUUUAUCCUCCCAGUGGAGGUCCUGCAUGGGAUUUAAUGGAUCAUGACAACGUUAUGUUUCUCUCCAUAUGCUUUUGUUGGCAUUAUGCAACAGCCAUUAUCAUCGUUGGAGCAAUUUAUGUCUUUGUCACCUGGCUGACUUCUGGGCCUCAUCUCCUUAGGGGCUGUGCAGCCUCCAAGAAUAAAGCCGGCAUUCAAGCAAUCUCUCUACCCCAUGUCAGCUCCCAUCCAGAGCCAAAAGAAGACUAUUGUCUCUUCCUGUUUCAAAAACCUUCAGACCACUAAUGAAUCUCUUAUCCACCUAUAGUUUUCUAGAAACCAGAAGCUCCAUGUUUACUGUUUCAGUUGCCUCUCCUUACCCAGAACCUUUGACUUAUUGACCACAUAGUUACCUCUACCUGGCAUAUCCUAAUUGAAUGCUCAUCUGUCCUGUGAAAACUUCUGUGAUUGUUUUAGUCUUUGCUUAUCUCCCUUCAUGAGCUUUACAGUACUUUAGUCUCUAAUACACAUUUUAACAGUUGUGAUCUAUCUUGUGAUAUUUACUAUUAGCUCAGGUUAGUCUUAUCUGCUAACUAGAUUGCUCACCUGCAGGAAAAGACCUUUUUUCAUAUCUCUCACAGCUCUUGUCAUACUGUCGAAAUUAUAUAGGUACUCAAUAGACACUUAUUUCUGUUUUAACAGAUCUGUUUCAGAACUACUCAAAUAGUGUUCAGUUGUUUGGAAAUCACGUUUUAUAUGCUUUUAAGUUUCACUCUCAUAUUGCUCUUGAAAUAUAAGGCCAAGAACUUGUGUUCUAAUGUAUUUUUAUAUAACAUUAAGCAGUAGCUUAAAGAAUAUCACGAAGAAUAAAUACUAACUUUCAGUGAGGUCAUAUGCAGUUCCUGUAGUCAUGAAGAGUUUUGAAAAUCUGUUCAUCAUGGUUUGACUGUGAACUGGAUUGUAACUCAGUCACAGCUGAUGGGUUUUGAGGACAUUCUAUCAGAAUUUAUUUGACAGAGCACUAAGAUCACCAUGGAAACAAAACUGGGUUAUGAAACUCCUACCUCCCAACUCUCUGAAAAAUGAAGGCGUGCUUUUCAGCUUUCCAGAACAAUGAUUUAAGGAUUGCCUCAUCUAGUCCCAUGCCUGCUGUUCUCCUCAUGACAGCUCAUAGGACAGACCUAUCGUUAUGAAAUCUUUAUUGUAUUUCAUAUAUAACACCACUGUGGUACAGAACUAUUUCAAAAGCCCCUCUGGAUGGAUGGAGAAAUAUUACCCAUUUUCAGGUUGGUCUUCAAGGAGACGACUCUUGUGAGCCAUAUUGAAGAACAAAAUAGAAAUGACCAAAUUCAUAUCAGAUUGUACCUUUGCCUUUUGAAAGUUUGAUUUCCAGAUCGACUCUGGAAGUAUACCCAGAGUCUCAGCUCUGCUCUUAUAUUAACUGAAGAGAACAUGUGGGAGCAAAAGCCCAGACAUACCCUGACCUUAAUUUUCUGCACUUGCAUGAUUCUAGGAACUAAAAAUUAUUUGCAUUUCCUUUUAUUACUCUAUCCCCCAAUCUGAUACCACCCUAAUGGCAGAAAGUGAAGAGGAACUAAAGAACCUUUUGAUGAAGGUUAAAGAGGAGAC